UUGCGCCUUCCAGCCCGCUGUGUCCCCAGCGCCAUGGGCGAGUGGGCGUUUCUGGGGUCGCUGCUGGACGCUGUGCAGCUGCAGUCGCCGCUCGUGGGCCGCCUCUGGCUGGUGGUCAUGCUCAUCUUCCGCAUCUUGGUGCUGGCCACGGUGGGCGGCGCCGUGUUCGAGGACGAGCAGGAGCAGUUCGUGUGCAACACGCUGCAGCCGGGCUGCCGCCAAACCUGCUACGACCGCGCCUUCCCCGUCUCGCACUACCGCUUCUGGCUCUUCCACAUCCUGCUGCUCUCCGCGCCGCCCGUGCUGUUCGUCAUCUACUCCAUGCACCAGGCCGGCAAGGAGGCGGGCGGCGCGGAGGCGGCGGCGACGGCGGCGGAGGUGGAGACGCCGGCGCGCGGGCCCCGCGCCCCCCGUGCCCGCGCCGCGCACCGCUGCUACCUGCUCAGCGUGGCGCUGCGCCUGCUGGCCGAGCUGGCCUUCCUGGGCGGCCAGGCGCGGCUCUACGGCUUCCGCGUGGCCCCGCACUUCGCGUGCACCGGCCCGCCCUGCCCGCACACGGUCGACUGCUUCGUGAGCCGGCCCACCGAGAAGACCGUCUUCCUGCUCUUCUACUUCGCCGUGGGGCUGCUCUCGGCGCUGCUCAGCGUGGCCGAGCUGGGCCACCUGCUCUCCAAGGGCCGCCCGCGCGCCGGGGAGCGCGACAACCGCUGCAACCGCGCGCACGAGGAGGCGCAGAAGCUGCUCCGGCCGCCGGCCCCGCCGGCCCCGCCGGCCCCGCCGGCCCCGGGCGCCGGCCCGGACCCGUACGCGCCGCCCGCCUAUGCGCACCGGGCGCCGGCCAGCGCCGGCGAGGGCGGCAGCGCGCGCAGCAAAGCGUCCCUGGCCACCGUCCGCCAGGACCUGGCCAUCUAG